AUGGCACGCCGCUCAGCGCGCCUCGCCAGCGUCUCCAAGACGCCCAGCAAGCCUUCCCCGGAUGGACCGAGCCUAGCUUCGGUUGCCGAACGCGCCGACAGUCCUGGGGAUGGCGCCGCCCAAAGCCUCGAUGCCCUCAUGUCGUCCCCCACACCAGCUCCCAAGACUCCGGGCUUCUCGUCGCCCAUGAAGCCGUCCAUGUCGGAGAUGCACCCAAGCAAGGUCCACGGAACCAUGGCUCCCCCCUCGUCUGUCUUGCGCCUGGGUUUCACCGACAUUAAACCUUCGAGCAGCCGCAGCGGCCUCCCUGCCGCUGUUCAGUCGACGCCGUCCAAGGUGACGCCUCCGUCCACGGAUUUCACCUUUACCUUUGCCAGACAGGCGGCCUCUAGCGUGAAGCUUGGUCCCGAGGCACAGAAGAUGAUGGAAGAGCUCCGCGGGGAAGCCCAGAAGAUUAAGGCUCAGCUCGCUGCUAAGCGCGACGCCGAGAAGGCCCAAGAGGAACCUGCAAACAGCCGCAGGAUCGCCCCGGCCAAGGGCAAGGCCGGACGGUAUAGCGCUGUGCACAUGGCAGAGUUCAAGAAGAUGGACUCGAUUGCGAACCACCCUUCCGCAUUCCGGGCUCAGCCUGGACGUGUUACCCCCCUCAAGCAAGGAAUCAAGCGAAGCCAGUCCAAAGCAAACCUCGACGACAUGGACGCCGCGGGUCGCUCCAAGCAGCCCACUCCGGCAUCCACUGCCGCAAAGAACGGAGCAGUGGGACCGGCUACAGCUAACGAGCCUCUCUCGCCUAUUAAGCGCAUUCGGCAGAAUUUGGGCGACGAUACCUCUAGCAACCGACCCAUCUCGCGCGAUGGAGGAUCGCUGCCGAGGCCUAAAUCUUCUGGCACGGGCUCCGCCAUCCCCCGCUCCAAGUCCGGCUUUGCUUCUCUCAUGACGCCGACCAAAUCUUCUCUCGCCCGGACGUCCAACGCAAAAACGCCGCUUCAAGGCUCGCUUCUCAGGUCGCCAUCCAAAGUGAACAUUAGUGGACUGCCUCGGUCUGCCACAACGAACAAUCUUUCGUACGUUCUCUUGGAUGCUAAGAAGACACCCGAGAAGCCCGUUCGCAAGAUCAAGAGCCCCAUCAGCCGUCUUGAACGCGUCAAGUCCUUGCUGCGAGGAGCAAAGCCGUGCGCCGCCAAACCGGCCAGCGCUCUUCCCUUGCCGUCGAGUCUUGUCUCCAAGGCUCUGUCUUCCGCCCGUCUCGACAAGAGCGCGAUACAGGCCCCACUGGGCACGCCACGCAAGCUCACCAAGCGCGUUGCCUUCACCCCGGAUACGCAGCGAGCGGCGCUGGCACAGAACUCCCCGUCUCCCGUCAAGUCGGGCAUUCCCCAGUCCAAGUCCAGACAGGUCCUGGGUGAGGUGUACUAUCCCGCCCUCGAUGCCAUCAUGAUCGAAGAGAAUCUUGACCGUGGCCUCUCGUAUCCCGACAUUUCGGCGCGCCAGUCGCUGACAAGGCCUCCUGCGAAGGUGUCCAAGAAGAGUAACUCGGCCGAGCCCUCGGCCCCUGGCACAUUCUCGUUUCGCAGCGACCACACGAUUCGGUUCGGAAGCGCGUCUCCCUCGUUUGGCACGUCUCCCGGACAGGCAAGCGUGCGCCCCGUUCGUCCGUCGAUUCUGCCAACGGAGAACAUGCCUGGAAGUUUCCCCUCGCCGACGACAAUGUCAAUCCCGAACAAGGAGAACGUGGCACCUGAGACGGUGUUCCUAACUCUCCCUCACGGCAUGAAAAACAAGAAGCGCAACCGCGUCAGCACCGAUGAGGAAGAGGCCGAGCAGGAGGCCGUUGAGCGCGCGGCAAAGAAGCGGAAGCAAGAGACGGUCCCCGAGGGCGACGCUCUUCUGGCUCCUCGCUUGACCGGAGGCAGUGCCAACAAGCUACUGAGCAGCCCCCCGAAGCUCAUGUCGCCAGGCUAUGCCGGUGGCACUCCCAGCCCCGCGAAGAAGAGGGGCGCUCUUAGCCUGAGUCGGCUCAACAUGCUUUCGCGCCCAAAGCUCCGGAAGUGA